AUGCUGGUGUCGGAUACCGGGUUAAGUGGACAAAAUGAUAUCUUCAUUAAGAUCGUCAGUCCAGAGGGACAGGUGUUCUGUGCCUACUUCCCAGAUGACACGUUGAUAGAAGAAGUCAAAAACAGGUCGAUAGAUUACUUCUAUCCGAACGGAGAGAAUAGUUCCAGCCGGUUCAAAAUCGUACGUGUGUCCGAUACGACAACUCUCCACGAUUUUCUCACGAUAUCGCAAGAACAAGUGGCCAUGUUUGACGAAUUACUGCUCAUAGAACGACGCACGCCUGACGCUGGUGCUCUAUGGGAUUUGGGGUCAGUUAGAGCGCCACAGCCUAGUGCUAUAGCGGCUGCCACAGCAUCUUUACCUUCCCCACAAAACGCAGUGAGACAACCGAACCUGCAAUCGUUAUUAUCGACCAAUGAAUUGUCUUUCGAACUGCGAAAAAUUCUAAUAUCACUUAUCGAAGCCGGGGCUAGAUUAGCGGCAGCUGGGAGGAAUUACGAGCUUACAUUGGCGCAGCUAUCGGCAGCGUUGGACGAGCCGCAGAGGAACCAGCAGUUCACCGUCCAAGUGAUCACACCGGAAGAAAUUGCAGCCAGACUGAACGCAACAGAGGAAAACACUGCAUCCGUUACGUCUACAUCUGGAGACGAUUCGUACAAGCGAGCUGAGCAUUUGCAGCGGUUUCUAGAAAAGUUUCGUGCGUGGAGAACGAAGAUAAUUGAACCACCGAACCCAGAGGCGCUCGUGACUUUAAAAAAUCUAGGAUUUUCCCUUGAAGAUGCGGAUGCGGCGUUGCGAUACACCGGGAGUAACGUCCCGGCCGCCGCUUCUUGGCUGAUCGGCGAACGGGGGUCCAGUGUAUUCGAGCUUAUCAAUGGACUGCCGGACGGUUAUAUUCUGGAGACAUUAUUGAAACAACCGCAGAUCCAACGGGGAUUAUUGAACACGAGGAUGCUGAUUGCAUUCAUAGCGAUGGUCGGGCAGACGGGCAGCGCGUCUUUGUGGCUGAACUCUCCGCAUGGGAGCCCGUUGUUAUCUCAGAUAUCGAGGACGUAUCAUUCGGAGAAGUAUUGCUUGGCUGUCAACCAGUUUUCUGAGGAGAAGCGGGAGCAGACGCCGUCGACUUCGCGGCAGAGAUAG